AUGCUGAAGAAUACUGCUCGUGUUGUGAAGUUGGGUCUGGAUGAUUCUAUUCGGGACCAGGGAUUUCAUCGGGCCAGGGUUAUGGUUAUUCUACCAACUCGCGAAGCGGCUAGGAGAACCGUGCAUCAAAUGUUGCGUCUCAUGCCGAAAGGUUCUACAGUCAGUCAUAGAAAGCGUUUCGAGCGUGAUUUCGGUCCUCAGGAGGGUCAAGCCGAUCGCGACAAGCGGAAAGGAAAAAAGCCACCUGAUUUUGAGGAGUGGUUCUCAUGCAACUCCGAUGAUCGUUUUCGAAUUGGUAUUGCGGUAGCGAAGAAGUCCGUAAAACUCUACUCCGCUUUUUCGGAAUCUGAUAUUAUAUUGGCCUCUCCACUAGGUCUGGAAACGCUUAUGAAUAACAAGGAAAAUGAAUCUUCGGACGUACAAUACAUAACUGCUUCAAUUGAGGUCUUAGUUAUUGAUCAAGCGGAGCAUUUACUAAUGCAGAAUUGGGCAACAGUUCAGGACUUCGUCAGUCGAUUAAAUCAGAGACCGAAGAAACCGUCGUUUUCUUUUCCUGCACGCAUUCGUCUCGCCUAUUUAGCAGGCUUUGCCGCGCGAUAUCGCCAAACGCUGAUCUUUUCUGCAGUGAAUAAUCACUUGAUUAACGCCUUAUUAGGCAAGUGUGAAAACUUCCAAGGCAUGAACCUGUUCCUCUCUAUUCCGCAAUAUCAAGCUGGCAGUUUGUUUUCCGGUUUUUUGCCGGAAAAUCACCGUGUACCUGGACUCAAACGGUCGGCUAAAGAGGCUUUGGAGGCAUCGGUGCGCUUAACGGCUUUUGAUAACUUCAAGCUGCAGUUAAUCACCUUCGGUGUAGCAGGAUCUUUCCGCACCUCAAAUCCUUUGUUUGAGUCGACAAAGAGUGUCGACUCCCCUGACAGUAGUGGUGAGGAGGAAUUAUGUAUAAAAACCGCGCGCCUGGGAGAGACAAAUAAUGCAGUGGUGUCAAAAAAGAGUCUGUCUGCCUACAAUCUGUCAGAUACAGGUGGACGUACAGUACCACUUGCCCGACUUGCCGCUUUCAAACAGCGUCUGCUCCCACGUCUUCGGAAAGGUGUUGACGAGCGCGUGCUUAUCUAUGUUCCUGACUACUAUGAUUUGGAGGAAUUACGGAAAUUGCUACGCGAAGAAGCUCUUUCGUUCUGCUGCGUACACGAGUAUUUAGAGGAUAAUGAAGCUGAAAGGUACAGGAAUCUCUUUGACCAAGGCCGUAUUCGUAUCAUGCUCCUUAGCGAACGAUAUUACUUUUACCGAAGGCGAAAAAUUCGGGGAGCUCGCAAUUUCAUUUUCUAUGGGGCACCUACUUUCCCGUGGUUCGUGCGUGAACUCCUCUCAAGUUGUGAUGUGGCGCCAGCGGUGGCGACGACGGCGUCAGGUGAAGUUCUCUUUCUCGGCGCCACCAACUCCUCUACCAUCCUUUCUACUUCUCUCACCAUCCUCUACUUCCCCCCUUGGGAGUCCAGUCAAGCAAUGGCAAUGCGGAAGGAGGUUCCGCACAGCGCAUCCGUAGUAUCUAGUGAACCUGAGAUGGACCCCUGUGACGAGGCGGAUUCUAACCUCGAAGUUAAUGGUCAGGAGGGGAGGGAAAGGGGCAUGUGUGGGAGUGUCGGCAACUGGUAUACGCCCGUCGCCUUUGUUGAAGCUGAGGCUUGGAAUGAUCUUCGGUGUUAG